UAGCCUAGGGUUAUCCCGAGCCGCCGUGAAGCGGGCACGGACGGAACGCCGCCGCCCUCGAAGAAGGACAAGGGGCUCGUUAACCUCCCCAACUCUAUCCAAGGCAGCUGAUUUUCUUGAUCCGUUGUUAAUAGCAGAACAAUAAUUGUUCUGCGAGUGGAAGAGCGUCCGUUUACAGGGAUUUCGAAAGACGGACGGGGUGGUUGAUUUUGUAGGCCGUGAGAUGAUCCUUUUUACAGGCUGCAAUCCCCUCCUCCACCAGCAAUAGCAAACGUGUGGAUGUGGAUUUACCACGCGGUCGAACAUACUCGUAAAUUAUAGUCCGUCUUCUCCAGCGUAAAUCAUUGUGUCAACGCGGUCGUCAGGCUGUUGUCUGUUCGAUUCGGUUUCAUCUCAGAGAGAUAGAGAGAGAGAGAGAGAGAGAAAAGUCGGGGAUUCUCGACUUCUGUCUCCUCUUGUGUCUGAAAAAUACAGACGAGCGCUUUGGAAGGCAUACUGGACUCGGGAGGAGGUUAUUAUUCGGUUUCAUCUAACAGAAGUCGGAGAUUCUCUACUUCAGAUUCUGGUCGGACCGAUUUAGAGCAUCGUCAUCAUCUCGUCCUCUCUGAAUAAAUAGAGACCAGAGCUCCCUACAUAAAAGAUGAGCGGGCUGUUCAGGGCUCCCUGGACUCGGAGGAUAUUAUCCAUGGAGUCAGAUAGUGCGCGCCGCCAUAAAGGCGAGGAAGAUAGGCUCAGCGCGUUGACCGAUGACAUUUUAAUCUCUAUCUUGGGGAGAGUCGACCUUGCCAUGGCAGCAAGGACUAGCGUGUUGUCAACGCGGUGGAGAAACUUGCCGUGGCUACUUCCUGAUCUCAAACUUCAUGUCACGGACUUCCUUAGUGCCCCAUGUACAGGGGCUGCACACACUGAUCAAGCAAUGGCGUCUCUGACAAGAGCCACUAGCAGCUUCUUGGCUCAGCCCCGCAGGGAACACACCAUCUCAACACUAUGCCUCAAGCUUUAUCUCAUGGGCAACUACUCGCGUGACAUUGGCCUGCUAGUUAGCAAUGCCAUUGACAGCGAGAUGCUAAAAGAUUUGGAACUUGCCAUUUUAACUGAGAAGGAGGUCAAGGACUCCGACAACGAGGUUAUGUUACGGCAAGCUCGGGAUGUGGAUGGAUUUUUCAGUGAGUACCCUAGUGUUCUUCGCUGCCUCACAAGGCUUCAUCUACAUAAUGUUCGCUUCGCCGAACGCGACAUGAAUCACCUCCUGUUUGAUUGUUGCAAGCAAUUGCUGCACCUUCGUCUGGACCACUGUGACACCGGGGACUUAUCUGUAUGGAAGAUCAAUGCGCCACAUUCGAAUCUCAGAGUUCUAGAAGUCUACUUGUCACUGAAAAGAGCUGAGGUGCUCUGCCUUCCAAAACUAGAGCGGGUCCGUUGGCAGGCUUGGUUGUUUCAUGAGGCCCCCUUGUGUUUUGGUUCUGUCCCGUCACUCAAGGAAUUGUACCUCAAAUGUGAUGCAACUCUCUAUCACCAAGACUUUAGUUUAAGCCAGGUUCUAGAUGGUACCACAAACAUACACACUAUGACCUUAAACUUUCGAGGAGAAAAGAUCUGGAUGCAACCAGAAAGAAAACAACUCUGCACUGCAUUCAACAAGCUAAGAAAGCUGUUUAUUCAUGGUAUCUUUAUAAAAUUUGAUCUGUUAUGGACAUUAAAUCUCAUCGAAGCUGCUCCAUCUGUUGAGACAUUUGAUGUUGAGAUGUUUGAACAUCCAUGCCUGGAUGGUGAUGAAGCAAGAAUAAGAUGGUGUGGUGCUCAGAGAGUGGAACCUUCAUGGAAGAUUCCUGGGUUCACGAGCUGUCAGAAGUGGCAAUUGAAAGAGUUUCAGUUUGGUGGUUUUAGGCCCCUACUGAAGCAUCACUUGUUAUUUGCAAGUACCGUGAUGGGUCGAGCUCCAAACCUGAAGACGGUUCUUCUGACAGAUGGUGAAUAUCCAUGCAAGGGCUGUGACGCAAUGAUCCCUAUACCUCCUCCUGUAGGGGGCUUCUUUCCAAGGGACAGGGAUACACAAGAAGCAACAGUCAAGCAACUUAGAGAGAUCGUCCAGUCCUCAGCACAGAUAAUUUUCCGUGGUGGUUCGACACACCCCUCUCGAGCCACCUGGUCAUGUAUUUAUUAGCAAGCAGAGUACAAGAGAUCACGUCAGUUUUAUAUAUUCUGAACUUACAGAAUCGUAGGAGAGUAAUACCCUAUGUAUCCUUUAUUA